AUGGUACAGAAUGAAAACGUAUAUAUACAGAUUCUGUCCUUGAAUGCAAACCUAGCUCUUCAAGAAGAACAGGACUCUCUUCAAAUCUCAGAUGCUCGUGUGAGUAACACAUUCACACUGGACUUGUGUUUGAUGCCUAAUCUUCAAAGAUUGUUUCUGAUCAACAAUAAGAUCGAAGAACUCCACAUUUCUGAUAAUUGCAUUAACGACAGGAAUCCGAUUCACCAGCUACCAAGUGAGUAUUUCACAAAUCUGGCCAAUCUUUAUUUAUCUCACUCAAAUCUAUUGACUCUAUCAUAUUCAUUGACGGUAAAAAGUACAUCUCUUCAAGUGUUGUCCAUGACCAACAUCCCGAUGUUCAGGAACUUAUCUGACAACAUCACCUUUGAUUUAUCUAGGUUAUCUUUACUCUUCCUUAGUGAAAACGGUAUGAUCGAUUUUCCUAAAAUAACAGCUCCUGAUCUUGAUAGUCUGGAUCUUAGUAAGAAUGAAAUCAAGUUUUUAACACAAGAAGUGUUUCAAGGUAUUCCAAGGAUCCGCUAUAUUGAUUUGAGUAGCAAUCACAUUAAGAGUAUUACUCGUGACACUUUUGCUACUAGUAUUUACAUCAGAGAGCUUAAUUUGGAAAACAAUCAGAUACAUCACAUCAGUGAGUCUGCGUUCAUCAACCAAAGGGGUGGAUUCAUUCUACGACUUGGAAACAACCAUCUCGUAUCGAUUCUACCAAGUAGUCUACCUGUUCUCUCGCGGACCGUCUACCUUGAUCCCAACCCAUGGAACUGUGACUGCGAAUCAACAUCGAUUAAAAGAUGGCUCUUGCUAUCAGGUGUCAAUCUGUAUCAGUGUAUGAACCCAUUGUAUUUGAGGAAUAUGAGUCUUGUGAGUCUGAAUGAGACAGAUUUGUGUCACGAUGAGUAUGGUGACUUCAAGUCUACAGAGACCCAAACCAGUCUUAGUAUGCCUAGUGGAGUAAAUAGAAUUCUUUGUAGCUACUGUCUAAAAUCAUCAUGGGCAUUACUAUUAUCUUCAUACUUUUCUCUGUCAGAAUUAUCAUAA